AUGAAGGUGCUUUGUCUUCACGGAAAGGGGACCAGCGGCUUCAUCUUCCGCUCCCAGAUUGCCUCAUUCCGCGCCAAACUCCCUAAUGAUGUCCAGUUUGAUUUUGUCGAUGGCCCAUUUAGUAGCGACCCCGCUGCAGGAGUAGAUCUCUUCUACAGUCCGCCAUACUACCAAUUCUGGGAAAAUGACAGCGUCGAUGCCGUCCGAGCCACCCAUAACUGGCUCAAUGAACACAUCGCCAAAAAUGGCCCAUACGAUAUCGCACUCAUGUUCUCACAAGGCUGCGUGCUAGGAUCCAGUAUUCUCCUAUUCCACCAAGAAGAAACACCGCAUCUCCCGCUCCCAUUCAAAGCCGCCAUCUUUAUCUGCGGUGGGGCGUCGUUAAACGUUCUCGAGGAGAUGGGCUUCCAUGUUUCCGCCGAGGCGCGCGAACGCGAUCUCGCAUCGCGGUCUGCACUGGCACUCCAAGCUGGCUCAAAUGCGCUCUUGACUCAGGGCGCAGAUCGCUGGACAGGGCUCAAGUCUCUGAGCGGCGGUCUCUCGGAGGCCGAAAUCCGAAAUGAGAUUACUAGCCCCUUCCGUAUCAAUGUCCCCACGGUACAUAUUUAUGGCUCGAAAGAUCCUCGGUGGGCAGCUGGUGUUCACCUUUCUGGGAUUUGCGAGCCAGAGAAACGUCGCACUUACGAUCAUGGCGGCGGGCAUGAGAUUCCUAGGACUGCUGUUGUGAGCAACUCGAUCGCGGAACUUUUCCAGUGGGCGGCUGCGCAGGCUGCUGCUUAA